UGUCAUUCCCUGUUCAAAUCAUUCUUUUCGUAGUAGUAGACUCAAUCAUUUCCGCUUUGUGUGACCGUUGGUAAAGGGAAAAUGACUUGCUUCGUUUCCAGUUGAUUGUUUCUUUUUAUCCUUAUCAAUCCAGCUCGGUUUGUGGUUAAAGAUACCAGCAAUUUUCCGUUGAUUUCAUGCCUUCGUUCAGUGGUCCGACGAGGCGCUCCCGGCAGCUCCAGAUUUUGGCGGGAAGCAUGUACGGAAUUUCGCCUGAACAACUGCGGGCAUUCAUUCACGUGAAUGAAAAUGACGAAAACACUGAUGAUAGUAACUUGGACAGGAAGCACAGAGUACUUAUACUAGAUUGUAGAUCCUUUGUGGCCUACAAUGCUGGACAUAUAGUGGACUCCGUUAAUGUUCACUGCCCUGCUAUCCUAAGAAGACGAUGUGGUGGACGCCUGCCAUUGAGGACAGUUAUCCCAAACAAUAACGUGCGGUCUUUACUCGCGAACAAUCAUUGUUUCCCUGUGGUGUUAUAUGACGAUUACGGUCUUAACGUGAAAAAUCUUAAUGACUUGACAGGUGAGGAGUCUACCGCUGCUUUUGUUGCGAAGUGCUUAAGGAACGAAGCGGAUUUGAAAUCGAUUUAUUAUUUAGAAGGUGGAUAUCAAAAUUUCAAUCGCUUGUUUCCGGACCUCGUAAUUCAAGCUCCAUCAGCUACUCCUUCCCCUGCUUCUUCCCCAUCCCCUAGUCCUGGCGGGCCAGGACAUUACAGACCCAAAUCUUCUGAGAUCCUGACUGGACCAGUUGAAAUUUUGCCGCAUUUAUACCUGGGCAGUGCCCGGGAUGCCGCACACAAAGAACAACUCCAGCAGCUGGGAAUAACUGCGUUGCUCAAUGUGACUCAGUUCUGCCCGAACCUUUUUCAAGAAGUUUUCGAAUACAAGUGCAUUCCAGUGCGGGACACUGGGUGCGAAGACAUUGGGGCGUAUUUUCAAGAAGCCAUUCACUUCAUUGAUCAAGUUAAAUCUCAAAAUGGAAAAGUUCUGGUUCAUUGCCAAGCUGGAGUCAGUCGAUCGGCUACCAUCUGCAUAGCGUAUCUGAUGGCCACAAAACGUUUACGCAUGGAGGAAGCCUACAAGUAUGUGAAGUCCAGGAGGAGGAUUGUGUCCCCAAACUUCAGUUUCAUGGGACAGUUACUGACAUUUGAAAAUAAGAUUUUUUCAUCUGGAUCAAGAUUUCAUUUAUCAUCUCCAGGUUCUCCUCUUUUGGCAGUAGAUGCAUCCACUCCUGAUCCUGAUUCAUUAACACCAUCCCAUGGUGCAACUCAGCGCAAUGUCUUUGAUUUUGUGACUCUUCCACCAUCUGUCAAUGAAUCUGGACUAGACAUGACAUCUGUUAGUGUAUCUGACAGUGAUUUCACUAGUGUACAAACUUCUAUAGCAGAUUCUUGCCAUAAACUAACAUUAUCACCAUGCGUAACAUGAUUAAGCUUGUCAGCAGUUCUGCAGUUAACAUUUUCAGGAAAUGUUCAUCUGGUCAUUGGUCCAACGUGUAAAUUGUGAUUAUGAGAUUGUCUUUUGUAAAGAAAUGUUCUAUAAAUGUUAUUAAUUUAAAACGUUGCUAUAUGAAAUUAAUGUUACUAAUACUUAUCCACUGUUUUUUUAUAUAAUAGACUGCAAGAUCAUGGUAUGAAAUAUUAAAUGAUCUUGCAUAUAUCAUAACAAAUCUUUUAUGUAAGAACAUUGCAAUACAUUUAAUCUUAAAAUUUUGUAUGCAUCAUUUAAAGUAGUUGCACCUCAAUCUGCAUGUUGUAUCUAGUCUAGUAGACCCUAGUCAAUAUCUGAAACACAUUUGUAGGAAAGUAAUUCUAUGUAGAAAGAUCUAUUGGCAAUAAGUAUUUUGUGCCUUUUGAGAGCCGACAUAAUAUCAAAGUAAUUUUUAAAAUAUUCGAUUUUAGUAUGUUAGCUUUUCAUCAGAAAAUAUUCAUGAUUUCUGAAAUGUAUGUUCUCACAGGUAUGUAACUUGAAUUUUGUAAUUAUAAGUGUUAUUAAAUAAAGAAUAGUGCAAUGAAAAUAUAUCAAAUAAUGUCAUUUUACACAAGUCAAAUUCCUUUAUUUAAAUUCUUGCAUUAAGGAUACUAAAUAUUUCUGUCCUAUAUUGUAAGAAAUUUUGGUUCUUUGAAAUAUUUAAUUUGAUAAUUUACAUUAUCUUGAUUUGAUUUUCAUAGCAGUGCUAUGUAAAAUUAGCAUAUAAUGCCAUUUCUAAGAUAAAAAAAUAUUUUAAGGUAUUUCUGGGAUAACACUUAAGUUAAUAGAAUAAGAAUAAUUUUGUAGUAAAUUUAAUAUUACUUUUGAUUUUUCAUUUAUUUGCAUUUAUUGUAUAAUGAAUUGAUUAUGUUAAUAAAAUUAGACUGCUUUGACUAAAAUAUAUAUAAUCUAUAUAAACAAAGUUUAUAUGCCAUCCUACUAGAUACGAUCCGCUUGAUCAGUGAGCUUUUGAAGUUUGCUCAAAUAUUUUGAAGAGUUUUUGCCAUAAUUUGGAAAUGUGAGAUAUUUUUUACAUUUCUUAGUCCAUGAUUAUAAACAGCAAUAGAAUCUGGAGCUUUAUAUUUGUAUUGGAAUGUUCUUUGUAUUUUGUAUCAAAGUUUAUAAUUUAAAAGUGAAGUUUUUAUCCUAGAAAAUAUUUUAACAGUUGUAUAAAAUGAUUUCGUUGGAAUUAAUACUCUUUUUGAUACUAUGUAUUGUGAGUGUAUUGACUGGUAUGAAUUUAACAUGUUUCUGAACUAUCAAAUUGAUAUUUAAAACUUAAUGUCACUGGCAAGUCUAUAUAUGUCAUAUCUAGUCAACAUCUGAAAAUAACCGUGCACAGUUACGUACUUUGACAGAAAUUAAAGUUACCAAUAAAUAUUUUAAUGCGCUAUC